AUGUCAACACCACCCGGAGGUCCAGCGGCCCAUUCGAAAGCUGCCGACCGAUUCCCGCCUUCGGUCUCUUCUGAUGCCCCGCUUAGUCAUGAACAGCAUCUCGACGGGGACGGUAAAUCCAGUGACUAUCCCAAACCUGUAUCCGACGCAUCUCGCUCGGGUGCUGCUGAUGAUGGAAACGCCGGUAUCGGUGUCAGCAGAGUUGAAGCCUUCAACAAGGUCCUGUACCAGUCUGGGAAGUCCGGCAAGAUCAUUCUCUGGCUGUUGGGCAUCUCCAUCGGCCUAACCAUGUUCGCCUAUGCCCUUGACCAGGGCAUCACUGGGACCAUCUUCACCACCAUGGCCAGCUCGACGUUCGGCCAGCACAGCUCGCUCGCCGCUGUCAGUACCGCCAGUCAGAUCAUCCGCGCGAUCAGCAAGCCCUUCAUCGGCAAGCUAGCCGACAUUACCUCCCGCCCGACGACCUACGUUGUCAUUCUUGUCUUCUACGUUGUUGGCUUUGCCGUCGCGGCUAGUUCUAGCACCUUCGCUGCCUACACCGUGGGCAUCUGCUUCACUUCCGUGGGCAAGUCUGGCCUCGACCUCCUCAGCGAUAUCAUCGUCGGUGACCUUACCCCGUUGCAGUGGAGAGGAUUCUUCGGCGCCGCCCUCUCGAUCCCGUUCGUCGUCACUGUGCCUGUCAACGGCUUCAUUGCGGAGGGCUUCGUUGAUAAUUGGCGAUGGGGCUUGGGCAUGUUCGCUAUCGUGGUGCCUGUACUCCUCGUUCCGGCAAUCUUUACUCUGUACUCUAUGCAGCGACGAGGAGAGAAGAUGGGCAUGGUCACUAUGGCUGCCUCGAAGCGUCUGAGGACCGGUGCCGUUGGGGACUCCGAAUCAGCGGGACUGUCUUAUUGGAUGAAGCUGUUGGGCGAGGGGUUGAUCGACAUUGACAUCUUCGGCCUCAUCAUUCUUGGAACAGCGUUCUCGCUCAUCCUGCUGCCCUUCACUCUCGCCGAGAGCGCUGACGGCGGUUGGGGUAGCCCGAGAAUUAUUGCUAUGCUCGUUGUCGGCUUUGUUCUUCUUAUCGGUUUCGUUCUCUUUGAGAUGUACGUUUCCCCAAAGCCGUUCAUGACGAAACACAUCCUCCAGAACCGCACGUUCCUCGCGGCGGCCGCGAUCUACACAUUCAACCAGAUGGCCUCGGCAGUACGAAACACCUACUUCUCCUCGUAUGUCUACAUCAUCAAGCAAUGGUCUACGUACGAGUGGACCAUUUUCUUGGGCAUUACUACAAUGGGACUCAGCAUCAUGGGUCCUAUCGUUGGUCUCAUCCAAAGAUCCACCCACCGUUACAAGUCCAUGAUGGUCUUUGGCGCGGUGGCCAGGCUCAUCGCCUACGGUCUGCUCGUCCAACCCAACGGCAACAUGGUGCAGGACACGGCUCGACUGGUGAUUGCACAACUUCUUUACUGCUUGGGAUCGUUCAACGUUGUUGGCGCGCGCGUGGGCAGUCAAGCAUCAGUGCCGCAUGAGGACAUGGCCACGAUCAUCGCUGUGCUCACACUGUGGUCUACCUUGGGUUCAUCAGUUGGCAGCGCCGUCUCAUCCGCGAUCUGGACGAGCGAGAUGCUUGACCGUAUGCGGAAGGAGAUGCCCGAUGUUGACGAGAAAACUCUCGCGAAGCUGUACGGCAAUAUCAAGAAGUUGCGCACCACAUACGACUUCAAUGAUCCCGUCAGGCAGGGCGCUAUCCGCGCCUAUGCCCACGUCAACGGCCAUAUCGCCAUUACCGCUCUUCUCCUGGCUGCGGUCCCACUGUUCGCCACUUUCUUCAUGCCUGACUUCUACCUUGGCAAGCAACAGAACGCCGUCACGAACACGGGUCUUGACGGUGAGGCGGUCGAUUUACCUCAGAGAGAGUUGAGAAAUGAGGAGGCGUCUGGCACGGCACAAGAGCAGUCCAGAUCUUUUUACUACAAGUGGCUUGCUUUUUACUGCAAAGAUGCUUAA